AUGCUCUCUCGCGCGGUGAAAAGGGCAUCUUUGAGACGGUUUUCCGUCCCACAACUGAGAAGUGUGACACUCUCGCGCAGCUCUGCUUUGAACAGGACUUCCCAGUUCCUGUACCAUACCCUUUCUGGUACCAAAAUUGCCAAGAGUAUUCGGGAUGAAGCAAACCAAGAGAUUGAACAGAUUAGAGCCAGGGUCCCAGGUUUCAAGCCAACCUUGAAGAUCUUCCAAAUUGGCACUAGACCCGAUUCGUCUGCAUACGUGCGCAUGAAGCUGAAGUCGUCGGAAGAAAGUGGAGUGCAUUGCAACGUGGAAAAGCUGCCUGAAAAUAUCUCUGAAGUAGAACUACUGAACAAAAUCGACGACGUUAACAAGAACGACGCCGUUCACGGAAUACUUAUCCAAUUGCCGCUACCCAAGCAUCUGGACGAAACGAAAAUCACCAACUCUGUUCUUCACACCAAGGAUGUGGAUGGCUUCCACCGUUACAAUGCUGGGGAACUUUCCAAGAAAGGCGGUGAACCAAUGUUUAUUCCUUGCACGCCAAACGGAUGUAUCAGACUCUUGAAAGAGGCUGGUGUUAAUUUGAGAGGCAAGAACGCCGUGGUUUUGGGGCGUUCUGAUAUCGUUGGUACUCCUGUUUCGUCUUUGUUGAAAAACAUGGAUGCUACGGUCACUGUAUGCCAUAGCCACACCACCAAUCUACCUGAAAUACUUUCUCAAGCUGACGUUGUGGUAGCUGCGUGUGGCAGAGCUAAUUACGUUAAGGGCGAAUGGCUCAAAGAGGGCGCCAUAGUUAUUGACGUAGGUAUCAACUACAUCCCAGAUUCUACUAAGAAGUCCGGACAAAGACUUGUCGGUGACGUUGACUAUGAGUCUGCCAAGAAAAAAGCUUCUUUUAUUACACCUGUCCCUGGUGGAGUAGGCCCAAUGACUAUUGCCAUGUUGGUCCAGAAUGUUUUGCUAGCUGCUAAAAGACAACUAUCCGACUCUAAUAAGACUCCUACGAUUUCUCCUCUGCCACUGAAACUCUUGAACCCAGUUCCCUCGGACAUCGACAUAUCUAGAGCUCAGACGCCUAAGAAAAUAAACCAAGUUGCGGAAGAAUUGGGCAUUAAUGCUAAUGAGUUAGAGUUAUUCGGUCAUUACAAAGCCAAAAUUUCUCCAGCGGUUUUGAAGAGGUUGGAAAAUAAUGAGAACGGUAAGUAUGUGUUAGUUGCAGGCAUUACCCCAACGCCGCUAGGUGAAGGGAAGUCAACCACUACAAUGGGUCUAGUGCAAGCAUUGACUGCGCAUUUAGGCAAGCCCUCGAUCGCCAACGUUCGCCAACCCUCAAUGGGACCAACUUUCGGCGUGAAAGGUGGCGCUGCUGGCGGUGGUUACGCCCAGGUUAUUCCAAUGGAUGAGUUCAAUAUGCAUUUGACUGGUGAUAUUCAUGCCAUUUCCGCAGCCAACAAUCUUUUGGCUGCUGCUAUCGAUACUCGUAUGUUCCAUGAAUCAACUCAAAAGAAGGAUGCUACGUUUUACAACAGACUAGUUCCAAAGAAGAAAGGCAAGCGCACUUUCACCAAAUCUAUGCUCAAGCGCUUAGAAAAAUUAGGUAUUCAGAAAACUAACCCCGAUGAUCUGACUCCUGAUGAAAUAAAGCAGUUUGCUCGUCUGGACAUUGACCCAGAAACAAUCACUAUAAAGAGGGUUGUUGAUGUGAACGACCGCAUGCUACGUCAAAUUACAAUCGGACAAGCUUCAACUGAAAAGGGCUUUACGAGAUCUACAGGGUUUGAUAUUACUGUUGCAUCGGAACUAAUGGCCAUCCUCGCACUAUCUAGAGAUUUGAAGGACAUGAGACAAAGAGUUGGUCGCAUCGUUGUUAGUGCAAACAGCACCGGAGAACCUGUCACAGUUGAAGACGUUGGUUGCGCAGGUGCUGUCACUGCUUUACUAAAAGAUGCUAUCAAGCCAAACUUGAUGCAGUCUUUGGAAGGAACGCCAGUUAUGGUCCACGCUGGCCCUUUUGCUAAUAUUUCUAUUGGCGCUUCCUCCGUGAUCGCGGACAGAGUUGGGUUGAAGUUGGUUGGAAAGUCAAAGGCGGCCGACAAAGAUGCGCAAACCGGUUACGUUGUCACCGAGGCGGGUUUCGACUUUACAAUGGGUGGCGAACGUUUCUUCAACAUCAAGUGUCGCUCUUCUGGCUUGACACCCAAUGCUGUCGUCUUGGUAGCAACUGUGAGAGCAUUGAAACUACACGGUGGUGCUCCUGAUGUUAAGCCUGGCCAAUCUCUACCAGCUGAAUACACAGAAGAAAACGUAGAGCUUGUAAAGAAAGGGGUUGCCAAUUUGUGCAAGCAAAUAUCUAACGCUAAGCAAUUUGGCGUUCCUGUCGUGGUGGCCAUCAACAAGUUCGAAGCGGACACUGACGCUGAAGUUGAGGCUAUCAGAACUGCAGCUAAAGAAGCUGGUGCUUAUGAUGCGGUUGCAACAAAUCAUUGGGCAGAAGGUGGUAAAGGUGCUAUUGAGUUGGCUCAAGCAGUGGUCAAAGCUACUGAACAGCCUUCAGAUUUCAAAUUCUUAUAUGAUGUCGACCAAACGGUCGAAGAAAAACUCUCAUCCAUUGUGAAGAAAAUGUAUGGUGGCGCCAAAGUGGAGAUCUCUCCAUUGGCUCAAAAGAAAAUUGACAUGUACAAAGAGCAGGGCUUCGGUAAUUUGCCAAUUUGUAUUGCCAAGACUCAGUACUCUUUGUCGCACGAUGCCGCGUUGAAAAACGUUCCUACUGGCUUCACUUUUCCAAUCAGAGAUGUAAGAGCAUCUAUCGGCGCAGGUUAUUUGUAUGCUCUAGCUGCUGAGAUACAAACUAUUCCGGGCUUGUCGACGUACGCGGGCUACAUGAACGUCGAAAUUAACGACGAAGGUGAAAUUGACGGACUAUUUUGA